UGUUCACAACUUUUUCUUUUCAUUUCACUUGUUCGAAGUGAUGAUUAGAUUCCCAUUGUUACUGAAUGUAGUAAAGUCUGUAUGGAAUCCAAGAAAAAUGAUCUUGUAUACAGGACUGUUAUUGUUGAUCUUCAUGUUUGUAUUUACAGUGUUUUCAUACAGAGUCUUCUAUGAAAGCUAUAAUGCUGGGUUCUGUGAUUCGAUGUGGAUAUGCUUUUUAUCAACACUAGACUCGGCAUUCAAAUAUGAUCAAGGUAUCGGUGGUUUCCUUAAAAACCCAUAUGAGGUUUAUCAGGAUGAUGAAGUUAAAUUAGUAUUGAGAUUCAUCUUUGAUAAUUUCUUCAAUAUUUUAGUUAUCAUUGUUAUGUUAAACAUCGUUGCUGGUAUCAUUAUUGACACUUUCGGUGAAUUAAGAGAGCAAUUGCAAGAAUACAAUCAGGAUUUGGAGAAUCAAUGCUUUAUUUGUGGGCAUGACAAAGAAACAAUAGAGAAGGAAUCAAUCAAUUUACAAAACUUCUCGGAUCAUAUUAAGAAAGAACAUUACUAAUGGUAUUAUCUGUUUUAUAUUGCCUACUUGAGAGAAAAGGAUCCAACUGAAUAUACAGGUAUUGAGAGUUAUGUUGCAGAUAAAUUGGAUGCUGUUGAUAUCACAUGGUUCCCUUUGAAUAAGUAAGUUUUAUGAAUUAAUUUGUAGAGCUCUAUGUUUGAAGAAGGACUUUGGCAAUGAAGAGGAGAAAAAUAUUGUUACCUCACUUGAAUCUAUCAAAGAGAAUGCUUAAGAGCUAAAAAAUAUUUUGGUUGAAAUCUAAACAGAAAUAGAAGAAGAGGAUUGA